AUGUCAGCAGGCGAAGGUGCCUUCGCGACCACGAAAGCAACCACUACUGAUGCACCCUCCGGUCCAACUAUGAAGGAUCAGCAGAAAGAGGCGCCGCCUACGCUAGAAGAAGAUGACGAAUUUGAGGAUUUUCCCGUAGAAGACUGGCCAGCUUCAGAGCAGGAGGUACCACCUGGCAGGGAGCAGGAGGGGGCAGCGGGACAGCAUCUUUGGGAAGAGAGUUGGGAUGAUGACGAUACAAACGAAGACUUCAGCAAACAGCUGAAGCACGCUGUACCAGAGCGGAAUUAG